AUGACUCCUCUUCAACAAGGAAAGUCCUUCCUCUUAUACAUCACCUCCACUCCCCACUCCAUUGGGGCCCUCCUAGCUCAAGAGGAAGAUGGAAUCGAAAGGCCGAUUUAUUACAUAAACCAGGUUAUACAGGGGGUGGAAUCGCGAUACUCGCCAAUAGAACGCCAUUGCCUCGCUCUUGUGUUCGCCGCACAGAAGCUCCGCCACUAUCUCCUUGCAUACCCUCUCCAUCUCAUCACGAAAUGUGAUCCAAUCCGGUACCUCCUCAAUCGCCCAGCUCUAGCUGGUAGGCCGGCCCGAUGGUUGCUUUCUUUGGCGGAGUAUGAGAUCAUUUGUAAAGCCCCUCGAGCGGUAAAAAGCCAAGCUCUGGCCGACCUCUUGGCUCACUUUCCAAGUGGCCAAUACGAACCCCCGUCCGAAGAUUUGCCAGGAGAUGAGUUCCAAGCAGCACAAGUGGAGGUUGGAGAUUGGAGCCUCAGUUUUGACGGAUCAUCCACAACUAAAGGUGGAGGCGCUGGAAUAGUUCUAACGGCCCCUAGUGGAGGAAAGAUCAACCUCUCCUACAAACUCGAUUUUCAUUGCUCCAACAAUGAAGCCGCGUAUGAAGCGUUCAUCCUUGGCCUCAUGGCUGCCCUGAAUUGCGGCAUAACCCUCCUAUGCAUUAAAGGGGACUCCAAACUAGUCAUCCGGCAAAUGAAUGGCGAAUAUGCAAUUAGAGAACCUCCGCUUGCCUCUUACAGGACCAUUGUGCAGAGAUUAACAAGCAAAUUCGACGCCCUCCGCUUGGAACAUGCCCCCCGCUCAGAGAAUCGUCAUCCCGACGCUCUCGCGACCCUCGCCUCCAAGGUGGAAGUUUUAGGGUGCCAACCAAAAUCGAAAUCCUCAAGAGAAGCGUGCCUUGCUCCGUAG